UCCUGUAUUGCCGUCAAUAACCAGAGCUCUACUUACAAGACACUGCUUCCUUCCUGACGGGUGGCUUGUCGAUAACACCCAUGGCAACGUCUGAGACAGUACAUGUGAAUGUAGAGUGAUACACGCGUGCACUAUCACUUGAAGUGUUGCAGUUGCAAUGUCACGACGCUUUUGUCUCAGAUGAGCAAUGUCUGGCGCGCGAGAAGAUAUAUCUUCCUUCAGGAAGCUGGUCUUUUUUUUUCUUCCCGUCAACACAACUCACAACAUGUCACUGAGCAGUGGCGCACCACCCAUCAUAUCCGGCCCAACUAUUCUGGACUUGCAAGUAGCUCACGCUCAAGCCGCUCUGUCCUCUGCUGGAGCAUGGAGUUCAAACGACCUGACUCGCCUGUGCAAGGUACAUGGCAUCUACUCUGGCUCGAUUGACCACAGCAAGCUACUUCUGGUCAUGCUGAAAAAGACAUUGACACAACCCGUCGUUUACGAGGGCUUUGGUCUGCCAGACCUCAUCACAUUCAUCAAGGCCAGAGGUUUGGGCGUCGACCAAACUAUCAGAGAUGCUGUCGAAGCUGCAGAAAAGUCGCUGGAAGCCAGUGCCAGACACCAGGCCGACCCUCAGCAAGAAAGCUCAUCUUCUACACCCAGCCUGCUGUGUGCAGAAUUCGACGCUGAGAAUGUCCAGAUGACCGAAGGAACUGCGCACAACAUUGCCUCCGUCGAUACCUUGCCUAGCAGCUAUGACGGCUGGAGCGUAUUCGACUUCGUACCUUACCAUGGACAACAGCAUCUGCCCGUGGAUCAAGUAAUCGCCCCUGAGCCUUGCCAGCACACCGAUGACUUGAUUCGAGUGCUCGAAGUGGCCGACCGUGAGCGUGAGUUCGACUUCCUCGCUCUUCCGGCAGAUAUGCGACAGAUGGUAUACCAUUAUGUUUGUCGGGCAUCUUUGACCGUUCUCCAUCCUCAACGUCAACCCGCCAUUACCAGAGUAUGCCGUCAGACGAGAACAGAAGCAUUGCCGGUUUACUAUGGUAACAAUCGCUUCGCUGUGGCGGUCAGUCAACACCGCGGAAGCCCUUACAACCACUGGAUGAGAUGCAUCGAGUCGCCAUGUCUUGCCCGCAUCCGGUCGUUCGCGUUCGUGGAGCUUUUCCGCCAGAAAGUCAUCGAGAUUGACUUCACGCCGCAUGGAAAAAUCCACUAUCACGUCAAAAUGCGAGGGCUGCCGAGUAAGAGCAUCCUCGACGAACGAUGGCGCCAGUCCAGCCGGACUGGUGGCCAUCGCAUGGGAGGUUGCUUGCGGCCAAGUCCUUGCGAAGAGACCAUCAAAGAUCUUGAUAACGACGGGCGUAACUUGAUACUGGGCAAGCCGGUUCGUUACACAGAAGAUUAUCUCGGUUUUGACCAUCAAACAGAAGCUCUCAUCCAGAAAAUCGUUGAGCGCGAAGCCUCUGUUCUUGAGUCCAAGAUGGCUGCACAUGCCGGCUCGGAAUACCACAAGUCACUGGGCCACGACGCCUUCCUCACACCCUGGCUCUCCGUCAAAGAUUGGAUUUUACUGAAGGAGGAAUGGAACCGAGCAGAAGGUUUCUCGAUAGUUGGUCUGAGAGCCCUGAGUUAUGCUUUCGGAUCUACUGAGUUCUGGGAAUAGACCUUCGAUGCUUGUUGGAGAGCAGAUGCUAUGGUGGAUGUGUCGUGGAAC